UGGGGGAAGGGAGAAAAAAAAGGGGGGCGAGAGAAAAAGAGGAGAAAGGACGACGUCAGACGGCAGUGGGAUGGCUUUUAAAGUGAGGGAGAAGGAAAGAGACUAACGUCCUGGAGAAAAGGAGAGUCAGUGAAUGAGCGUUUGGGAAAGCUGGGCUGCCCCGGGAAAAGGAGCAGCGUUUCAAAAACAAAGGACAGCGUCUUCACUUGCGCCUGCAGAGUCUCUACACUUUGACUUCCCGUGUGCUUUUCAAAACAGUAUCAUGGCUGAGGGAAGCUGCUUCGGUGCAUUGUAGCUGUUUGGGAUGACCAGAGCAGAGAAGAAAGCAAAAAGUCGUGAGAGGAGGGAAAACAUCUGCUCACAGAGGAUAAGAUCAGCAGCCCAUCUGGAUCUGAACAGGGAACCUACUGGACCUUUCUCUGUGUAAGGAAAGGAAUUUAAACUCCCCAGUAUCAGUGCUCCAUCACUCGGAGGAGCGUUAAACAACUUCAAGAAUUAUUUCUUUUAAUCAUCGGUUGUUACCAUAACAGAAAGACUUAACGCCAUGUGCCAUGUUAUUGUAACAUGCCGCUCCAUGCUCUGGACACUGCUCAGUAUUGUGGUGGCCUUUGCUGAGCUCAUUGCCUUCAUGAGCUCUGAUUGGUUGCUGGGAUUCCCUCGGUCGGACUCCAGCACGAGUGGGGCUGGAGUGGACUCCGGGGAGUACAGGCCGUCUCUUGGCCUCUACAGCCGCUGCCUCCGUAUCGGGACCCGGGGAGUAGGGGUGAGCUGCGGGCCCUACGCUGGGACAUUUGGAGAAGUGGCCAGUGGCUUCUGGCAGGCUGCAAUGUUGUUUCUGGCAGCAGGGACGUUAGUGCUGGGAGGAGUGGCUUGCAUCUCCAUCUUCAGCCUGUGCUUCCAGAGCAUCUUGAAGAAGAGCUUAUUCAACAUCUGUGGACUGCUUCAGGCUAUUGCAGGCCUGUUGCUGAUGGUGGGCCUCAUGCUGUACCCUGCUGGUUGGGGUUCAGAGAAGGUGAUCAGCUACUGCGGCCCCGAGGCCUCGCCCUUCAGGCCUGAUCACUGCUCACUCGGCUGGGCGUUCUACGCGGCGAUAGGAGGAACGCUGGCAAGCUUCCUGUGUGCUGUUCUGUCCGCACAGGCUGAGAUUGCCACCUCCAGCGAUAAGGUUCAGGAGGAGAUUGAGGAGGGGAAGAGUCUGAUCUGCCUGCUUUGAGCCUUCAGAAACCUUGGGAAAUACCUGUACAUCUCAGUGGAGGGAGUGACAGACGUUUCUCUGAGUGAUUUUCGUCAUGAUAGCCUGCAUAAAAUCAGCUGAUUGUUGAAAAGUUGUUGAUUUUUUAAUCUUUAGGCUCUCUUCAGAAACUCGCUGAAGCCUACCUAAUGAUACCAAGAAAAAAAUAUUAUUCCAUUCUACAGCUUCAGGUUACACUUCCAGAAGGGCUCUGGUAUAGCAGCAGGCUAAGGAACAUUACCUAUACACUUAUCCAAAGUUUUUGACCAAGAUACUGUUUAUUUUUGUAAUAUUUCUUGCCUUAAACAAACCACUGUAUUGAAAUAACAGGAGAUUAGUUAAAGAAAUUGGUAGGGGAUGUGUUGUUAGUGUUAUUGUGGACAGGUUAAACACUGCCAGUAAAACAGUGUGUAGGGUUAUAAUGUCAUUAUAAUGUUCAUUCAUAUGGUUCACCUGCAAACCUCAACAAACCACUAAAUACUAGCAGAUGAAUCCACUAAAACACCCAACAACGCUUGCAUAAUGCUCUCCGUAUGGACGUGUGUGUGUGAUAGACAUUAACUGUUGAGGUUUAUGAACGUCCAUAUGUUUAGAUUCUGUGGAACAGCAGGACAAUAAGACCCUCUAGCCUGUUUUUUAAAUAUGCCACUUAAGGGAUUGUUCACUUUAAAGGGAGUUCCUCCUGUUAAAUGGAUUGUUUGUUUGCACCUCAUUAACAAUGCGUGCAGAAAAAGAACAGAGAAUCUACCACAUGGUGAGCUUUCAUGAGGGGAUGUUUGCUCACAGCAAGAUAAAGCAGGCGGCACCAUGGCUUAUCAUUAGUUACCUUAUGUCACACCAUAUAGACAAGAGCUAGCUUUGUAAAGAUGUCCACAACACAAAAAAAA